AAUGUAGUUUCUAUGGUUUUUCUACAAAAACUAUGGUUUAUAAUGAGGUGCUAUGGAUUUACUACAAAAAAACAUGGUUAAUUUUCGUGUAAGAUAUGACAGCAAAAACAUUAAAGACCACUCAUCGUUCUCUCUUAUUGUCAAUAACUCCGCCCCUCACUUCUAGGUCUGGUGCUGCGGGUCUGCAGCUGGAUAUAUCUCAAUAAGACUGCUGUAAACCACAGCUUACAAGUUCUGCUUUAUUAAUCGGGUUUUGUACAGGUCAGUUUGAGAUUCAGAAACCAGAAUGUCCAGCACUGGUCUAGCACCCACAAACUCUUCAACAUUCGUCAUCCAGUUUCAACCAGCAACACAAGCAGCACCUGUCACGAUGGUGACGAAUGCUCCUGCGCCUGUUUAUGGACAACAGCUGGCGGGAGUUUCACCCCUUCAUGGACUUCAGGCAUUUCUGAAAGGCCAACCGAAAGCCCUUGGGACGGUCCAGAUAAUGAUCGGUGUGCUGACUCUCCUGUUUGGCAUUGUGUCUUCAGUUUAUCCAGAUCUUGCCUUUGUCAUUAUUGGUGUUCCUUACUGGGGAUCUCUCAUCUACAUUACUACAGGCUCGCUCUGCAUUGCUGCAGAAAAUAACAUUAAUUCACCGUCCGGUUUGUGUUUGAUGAAUGCUUCACUUGGGAUGAACAUUUUCAGUACUUUAACUGCAGGCAUCACCAUUAUUUUUAUUACACCGGAUUUGGUUUUUGGCCCAUACACUAACUGCAGCAUUAAGGACUGUUAUGAAAUAGUGAGAAUGUAUGAUACUCUCUAUAGGGGAAUCGGCGUUGUGUUGCUGUUAUUGGCCGUGCUUGAGUUUUUCAUCUCCAUCUGUCUGUCAGCAUUUGCCUGUAAAACCUGCUGUUGUCCUCCUCGGAAACGAGACAGGGACGUUUAUCAGGAUCUGGGACAGCGAGACAUGGACAUCUACGACACUGUCUAUCCCGGGAAUUAUUAGCCGCUGGCCUGAGAAACUCUCAAACUGUGCAGCGUAUUCAGUCUUCAUGCUCUAAAAACUGUAUUUUUGCUUUGUUUAUGAGUAAGUUUUAUAAGAGUUUUGUUGAUCAUGAGAUUCUGCUUUAUUGUCCUUGUUUGCAUGUGUCUUUGAGACAAACGACACAAUCAAUGUUUAUAAUACACGUGUAAGGCUCUUCAU